AUGGAUAGCUUGGUGGUGCGGACCACGGCGGAAGCGACGGGGAACAGGGUCGGGGGAAGCGGACAAGUGAAGGGGGCCGCAGCAGAGCGGGGGGAACUGGUGGAUGGGGUAGCAGCAGAUGGGAAAAGGAGAGAUGCUACAGGUGAGAAGAAUGGCAAGGAUGGCAUGGGUGGCACGGGUGGGGUGGACAUCUUCUUUCAGGGCGAGUUUGGGUACGAGUUAAUCGCCGUCCUCCCAUUCGCCUACUGGCACCAUCUCAACGGCUCCCUCCGCUCCACCACCUCCUGCGGGCGGCAUUCCUUGGCCUCACUUUACUACUUCAGCCCCAACCACACAGACGACGCCACGUGUCAUCGCAGUGACAUGAAGGACAAUGUCGCUGCAUACGGGUUUCCUGGUGGCAUUCAUUAUAGUCACAUCCCUCCAACCUGGCAGCCGCCCCCUCUUGCUUACUACUUCAGGAAGCUUCCCCCUGUAUGGCCGGAGAUUCCCAAGGGAUCCCGAUUGGGAGGGGGCAGCAUAGUGGAGAGCUUCUUUGGUGGAAAGAAUAUAAUAUACUUUCGUGAGGGUCAGGAGGUGAAAGGCAGGGCAUAUGAGAGGAUUUACCCGCAGCUGUCUGGAGCCAAGGUGAAGGUGGUGACCAGCUAUGAAGGGCUGGUGAAGAAGGUGGAUGGGAUGAUCAAGAAGAACAAGUGCCAUGUGAAACUUCACUAG